CUCUGCCUCCCGCUCUUUUCGGAUGGUGCCCACGAGGGCCGCGGGAUGCUUUGGAUGCGAUGACAAAGUGGGGCUUCGGAGACGUGGAGGCAGACGCGGAGCCCUGCUUGCUUCCCUUGAAACCAGCCGGGUCUUUUCCAGCAGGAAAAGAGGUCGCUGCCUUCAACAGCUGCAGAGCUUUCCACUGACUGUGUCCAAAAUGACUUCAGAGCCAGCUUCAGCCCACCAGCGCUCUCCGUCUCCAGGAGCUCUCCAUCUGCCAGAAGGCCGCCGGACCAGGGAACGUUCUCCUUCCCCAAUGAGAACUUAUCUCAUCCCAAGUCCGCUGCCGACUCGGAGGAACCGCACGGUUUCAGCGACGACACGAGCCGCUGAAGGGCCCACCUACAGUGGGGUGUGUAAAUGCUUCUGCCGAUCCAAGGGCCACGGUUUCAUCACACCUGGUGAUGGAGGGCCAGAUAUCUUCGUCCAUAUUUCUGAUAUUGAAGGAGAGUAUGUCCCGGUAGCUGGUGACGAGGUCACCUACAAGGUCUGCACCAUUCCGCCAAAGAAUGAGAAACUGCAAGCUGUAGAGGUCAACAUCACUCACUUAGCUCCCGGCACGAAACACGAGACGUGGUCUGGACACGUGAUCAACUCCUAGAGGGAGUUCUGAAGCCAUGUUGACUGAAGAGGCUGGACUAUUAGAUCUUGUUCAACAACCUAGAGUGACCAAACCUGAGGAUUUUUCUGCAGAUUGUGUCAUUGAAAACAGGGUUCCAAAGGUGGCCAGAUUAAACCUCUUUUUUUUUUUUAAACCCAUGUUUUUCAAAGUAUAAAAAUUAAUAAUUGGAAAGGUUGUAGCGUUUGUGCUAGCAAGAAAGCAGAUGUUUAGCUCUUGCUUUACAAAUUGAAUGUUUUCCCAUUCGUGAGUAGGAUACUCAAAGACCUUAGAAAGAUUUAACCAGAAAAGGAAGAAGUAGGAACUGGCCCAUCUCCCCAAACAGCAUGACCUUGUGGGGGAUCCUUCCGAAAUCUGGUACCUUUCAGAACAUGAACUUCCAACUUUGAAGGCUAGGCUGGCUGUGUAUUAGGGCGCUUGAAGUCCCAACACGUCUGAAUAGAUCAGAUUCAAGGAGGCAGCAGCUGAUUAAAGAUGUUCUCUGCUUUAGUAUUUAGGUGCAACCAAUUUAGGGGAAUAUUUCUUUGUUUUAUAUCAGAAAAUUACUGAUUGUGCUUAGUGCUGUUCUGAGUAUUUCUUCAUGUUUUGUUCUGAUUAAUUUCAGUUAAUUUGAUGCAAAAGGCCUGCUUUUGAUUUCCCCCAGAACAUUUAAUGUCAGCUUGAAAAAUAUGGGUGGGCUGCAGAGUUCUUGGAUUUACUGAAGUUACAAGAUGGGUGUAUAAGUCAGUCCCAUCUUUAAUGGUACAGAUAGUCCUUGACUUAUGACUGUUCGUUUAAUGACACUUCGAAGUUACAACACUGCUGAAAGAAGUGACGACUGGUCCUCGCACUUAUGACCAUCACAGCGUCCCCGCGGUCACAUGAUCAAAAUUCGGACACUUGGCAACUGGCAUGUAUUUACAAUGGUUACAGUGUCCCAGGGUCCCAUGAUUGCCGUUUGCAACCUUCCUGGUUGACUUCCGACAAACAGAGUCAAUGGGGCAACUGGAUUUGCUUAACGACCGCAGCAAAAAAGUUGGUAAAAUUGGGCAUGACUCACUUAACAGGUGCGUCACUUAGCAAUGGAAGUUCCAGUCCCAAUUGUGGUCAUAGGUCGGAGAUUACCUGUAUAGUCCUCCCCUUAAUGCUCUGCAGGUUUUUGUGGGUUCCUGUAUGUCCCUUCAGUCUGGAGGGGGAGCUUUUCUUGUAAGAUCAGAAACUUUGGGCAACUAGGAAAGGGAAAGAAAACAGCACGGUCACCCUCCUCCACCAAAGUAAUUCUAAAGGACCCUGGAAAUGUGGUGGAAAAACAGAAGCCUCUUUGGCAGGGGGUGAACAUUUCCAAGAAACUGGAAGACAGAAUGGGGCCAAGGAUGAGUUUGGGACGUGUUUUGAUGAAGUGAGUUGAAGGUAGCAUUCUGAGGCCAGAGCUGAGAGCUUUGCUGUCCUAAAAUCCACUGGUCAUUUUCUAGAUUAUUUUCCCUGCUGCUUUUCGGAUUAAUUACUAAAGCCAAAGAAAUAGCUUGAGGGAACACCUACGGAGGAUGCGUGUCAUAUAAUCUGAUAUUCUUCUUGAAUGUUUUAGAGAAACUAAAAAAAAGAGAGAGAGAAAAGGCUGCCUUUUCAUAUACAUACCUUCCCUACAUAAAUUUAGUACCUGGUGUUUGGGUUAAAUAUUUGUGGUUGAUGAAACUGCCUUCCAAUUGCUUUUUUCCCCCAAAAAUAAAACAUAAAAAACAGCUUUUCUGGGGGGGGGGGGCUUACUGCAUGCACCCCAACUGCCCCCCCACCAAUCAAGCUUUGAAAUUGUUGUGGCUUCUUCAA